GGUUAGUCUGUGAUGUCAAAACAGCUGAUGUGCAGCGAUACCGUUGGAUUUUUCGGCGGCUCAUGGAACGGCCACACAUUGGCUUGUUUACCUAUAAAAUCUGUAAUGCAUUGAAAGAACUAACGGAAAGGAUGAUUCGCUUACGGCAAGCAAUUUGUGAGCAGCUGCCGCAUCUCAAGAAUGCCUGCUAUGCCCUGGAGGUGCCUGUCAAGAAACAACAGCUACAGAAUAGCCGACGUCCAACUGUGGAGUGGAUUCUGCCCUCUGCGUUUGCGCAACAGGAGGUGGAACUACUGGACUCAUUGAAGAAGCGCAGAUUCGAGGCCUAUGUGGAAAACGUUCGGAUUGUACCUAGCGCUGGGCGCAGUGCAGCCAAAAUCGAGUUUCAGCUGCAGCCACAGGUCUUUGUAGAACAGCUCCUCCAAACUAAAGAGAUUGCUUUACAUCCUUCGCCCUUUGCUGCGGAACACAUAGUGGUUGAGUACAGCUCGCCCAACAUAGCCAAACCCUUCCACGUGGGCCACCUGCGCUCCACAAUCAUCGGCAAUGUUCUGGCCAACCUGCAUGAGCAUUUGGGCUACCGCACAACACGGUUGAACUAUCUGGGGGAUUGGGGCACGCAAUUUGGACUACUGGUAUUGGGAGUUCAACUGCUGAAUGUAAGCGACAAAGAGAUGCAACUAUCCCCAAUAGAAACGCUGUACAAAUCCUACGUGGCCGCCAACAAGGCUGCUGAACAAAGACCUGAAAUCGCGCAACAGGCGAGGGACCUCUUCGCCGCCUUGGAAGGAGGAACGGAUAAAUCAAUGGCCAAGAAAUGGCAGCAAUACAGAAACUACACUAUAGAGGAUCUAUCCAAAGUCUAUAACAGAUUGGGCGUUCACUUCGAUAGCUACGAAUGGGAAUCCCAGUACUCCCAGCAGCAAAUUCAGGAUGUUCUGGACAAACUGCGAAGCGCUGGACUCCUCCAGCCGGAGCACGAUGGUCGUGAGAUUGUCGUGGUGGACGGCCGACGCAUUCCUGUGAUCAAGAGUAAUGGAUCCACUUUGUACCUGGCCAGGGACAUAGCUGCCCUGCUGGAGAGACUCUCCAGGUUCCAGUUCUCACGCUUGCUCUACGUCGUGGACAAUGGUCAAGCGGAUCAUUUUAAUGCCCUUUUUAAAACAACGGCAGCCCUGGAUGACCGCCUAAGUCUGGAACAGCUGCAACAUGUGAAAUUUGGACGCAUUUAUGGGAUGAGCACUCGUCAGGGAAAGGCAAUCUUUCUAAAAGAUGUCCUAGAUGAAGCACGAGACAUAAUGCGGGAAAAGCGAAACAUAAGUGCCACUACCAGAGAAAAUUACAAUCUGGAUGAUGAACAUGUAUGUGAUAUUUUGGGCGUGUCAGCCGUCCUGGUCAAUGUCCUUAAGCAGCGAAGGCAACGAGAUCACGAGUUCAGCUGGCAGCAGGCACUCCAAGUAAAUGGUGACACAGGAAUCAAGCUUCAAUACACACACUGCCGCCUGCACAGUUUGCUGGAUAAUUUCCGAGAUGUAGAUCUGGACGACAUUAAGCCCGACUGGAAGCAUUUCUCUACGGAGCCUGCGGAUGCUUUGGAUCUGCUCUACGCACUGGCACGUUUCGAUCAAAGCGUUUGGCAAUCGAAGGAACAACUGGAGGCUUGUGUCCUUGUCAACUAUCUCUUUGGAUUGUGCAAUGCCACCAGUCAAGCGCUGAAAAGAUUGCCUGUGAAACAAGAGUCCAGCCUAGAGAAGCAACUCCAACGCCUGCUUCUUUUUCACGCUGCCAAAAAAACACUGCGACACGGAAUGGAGCUCCUUGGCCUGCGUCCACUGAACCAAAUGUAGACCAAUUAGACCUAAGGCACCGCAGUUAACACAAUUUAUAUUUAUUAAAACACUUCGCUAUAAAAUGCAGCCUAGUGUUGCAGAUGCACGUGCCCGUCUAGCGCUUCUUCCACGUGUACUUGCGGCGUGCUCCUUCCUGCCCGAACUUCUUACGCUCCCGACGGCGAUAGUCACGUGUCAGCAGGCCGGCUGCAACAUAAAUAGCAAUUAGUGGCAAUAAGUCAACUGCUGCGGCUGCAUAGGAGCCUCAUUCACUUACCCAGACGCAUUGACUCAAUCAUCUCUUGAUCGACAAAGCUGCGCAAACUCAUGGCGAUGCCCCAGCGGAUGGCUCCAGCCUGACCGGAAGGUCCGCCUCCCUCGACGUUGGCCUCCACAUCGACUUUGCCCAGCAGCUCGCUAAAUUGCAGCGGGAAGAGCAGCUGGAAAAAAUCGAGAUAACGAAUCGGCGAAUGAGAAUGGUAUAAUGUCGUGGCCGUUAGAUGUCAAGUUCGAGCGCCCGAGGCAGCCAUUGUACGGAUGAUCUCUCUGUAUUCAAAUGACGCUGCGAUAGCGCUUCCUGUACAACAAUGCCGAUAGAUAAUGGCGGAAUGGUUAGCCAAAUUAAAUGUCUCUCGGCCGCGGCCACUAAACUGCAACAGAUUGUUGCAUGUCCGUCUGGCAAUUAGUGGACUCGUCAAUCGAGUGGGUGGGAGCUGAAAGGUUCGUCUGCCGGGCUAGGUGUGAUGCAAAUUAUAAGCGCAUUAUAGCAAUGCAUCAAGACCGGAUAAUUGCGGAGCCGCGGGCAUGUUCAGCACGCGCUAUCCCGUUAAUAGGUUGAAUAAUAGUUGGCUUUACGUAAUUAGUCGAGUUCUUUUGAGAGUCAAUUAAAGAAGGUUGAGUAACGCAAAAAGCUACUUUU